CCAGGCUAGACUUAGUCUACCACAUUGGAGAUAGCUAAGGCGCGUCCUUUCAUUUAUCUGCCCUUGAUCGGGGAAAGGUAAACACACAAUCUCUUUAGUCUUAUCCGCGGAUGUCCGCCGCGAUUAACCCCCCCCCCUUCUCUCACGUCUCUCUUUGAUCUAAGAGAUUACAAAGGUCAACACACCGCGUGAUACUCCAAGGUGCGGCUCAAGUCUACUUCACCCACGUGUAAGAUAAUGCUAAGCCUAGGACCUUUCCGGUGUCCGCCCACACUUUCCAGGCAUAUAUAUAUAGUAAACCAACUCAAAUCACCCUCUCUUUCUCAUUCGAGCUGAGCUAUCGAGUCUGGACUAUAUCACUUAUUCUUUCUCCUAGAGGAAUACCUGGUGCCUCCCUCAGGUGUCUGCCUAUUUAUCGGAUUACUUACCUGCCUAUUUGCCUACUGGCCUAUCUAUGUGCUUAGUGCUAAUCAGCGCUGCACUUGCCUAGUUGCUAUCAAGAAUCGCCUAUUGCCUAGUUAUUGGAUCAACGAUCUAUUUACCUGCAGUUGUGCUUAGUGCUAUUCAGCGCUGCACUUGCCUACUGAGAUCUACUCAACUCUACCACUUGGCGCUAUCGGCAUUGCCCGCCUAUUCGACAGCCCACCUGUCAAGCUAUUAGGCGCGACGUCCCUAUAGAGUCAGAUCUGUGCGAGACGUCAUAGCUACGCCAACCCUCUGCAACUCACUGGACAUAUCCUGUUACUUACACUGCCCACGGCAGAUCAGCUCUGCCCGCAGUAACCUUGUGCCCACGGUAUCCGGCCACCCGCCAUACUGUGCCCACUACAGAUACUAGAACUUGGGACUGAGACUCCACAAGAACUAUAUCGCCGGCGUCCCUCUAUCCGCUAGAGCGCCACCUCCAGCUGCAGAACCUCAAGCCAGGACCCAGCCAGCUGCGACAUCAACAGGACAACCAGCUAAGUCAGAGGACAAAGUGACAUACUCUCUUAUUAUGUGCAAGAGUGAUGAUUAAACAUAGAAUAUACUAGAGAUAGAUGCAAACCCUCCCCCUUUUUAUUAUUAUAUGUAUAUUUAUGUAAAUAAAUAUCCUUUAUUUUAACUUUUGUAUCUAUCUUUCAUUGCCUUGUCUCGUUGCGUGUCUGCUCCCGAUUCAUAUGCUGAUAAGUGGGGGUGUGAUUGCUUUCAAAAAUAAUCAUCCCCUAGACAUAAAACGUGCCAAACACACGUCACAUUUCCCCACCUGUCACAUUUUGGCGAGCCCGUCCGUGGAUUUAACCCAUUAGUACAGCAGGCACGAACAGGCAGCAAUAACUAAAUUCCAUAUCAAUAUUUUUUUUCUAAAAAUAUUUAUAAGUAUCAUCACUUCGCAUUAUCAAGAGUGUCACUUUUGUCAUAUUUUAUUUAUUAUUAUUAUUGCAUUUCAUGUGUAACAUUUCCUUGCAGGAACUUUGUGAUUAACUUAGGCAGACACCGCAUUCCUUCUGCACUUUUUCCUGUAACUCAUGAGCAAUUGCUCUCCAGUGGCUCUUUCCUCUAUUCCAUUUCAUACUUUUUCUAAUCCGUCCUCUAUUAUCAUGGACUCAAAAGAAUUAGAUUCUGAAGUUGAGGAGAUUAUGAUACUCCUUGGAUUUAAAGACCCCGAGGUGGAAGACCUCGUACGCUGGUGGAUUGACAAGGAAAGAAAAUCCGAGCAAGAAUUGGAAGAAUUGGACAAAGCCCAUGAACAGGAAACACCAGAAAUCAGACAGAGCUAUAGCCCGCAGAGUUUGGAGCUGAACACCACACCGGCAAGACUAGACGAGGAAACAGAAAAGAGCGAAACCACAACUCAUGUCCAAAUUGAGUACACUGCCCAAACGGACUCAGAAGUUGCUGCUAAGGAUGAAACUUUCAUACCUGAUAUCCCUCCCCUCGACGAUUCCACAUUGUCUACCCAGCCAAACCCUCCUGCUCAGUCCAAUAGUCCUGCAAACCGCGAUGCCCCCAUCCAGCCCAUGCCCUCAAGCAAACCCCAUCCUAGAAAGGCACCAACCCAACAACCAGCCUUGCACAAAAACUGCAACUACCCAGCGCGUAAGCCUCGUCAUAACCAGAACAACCAAGCCCACCGUGACUGCAACAACAGCACGCGUGGCCACAAAACUGACCGUGCCUACCGUGACUGCAACGACAGCAUGCGUAGCCACAAACCCAACCGCCAAAAGCAGCAGGCCUCACAGCACAUUUCAGUAAUGACCGCGGUCCCCAAACCCUCUGUGUCUAAUCAGCAAACACGUACUGAUAGAACAGCGGGCGACCCAUACGUCAUAUCAACACUGACUGUGGCCCCUGAACACACUGCCCUUGGCUCUACGAAAACGGAAGUCCUACCGGCACUUCCUCACCCUGUCUCAUCUUCCCCCGGGAUAGAGACCAUUCUGGUUAACGGGCGGUACGUCCGGUCCCUAUUUGACACAGGCUGUGCGGUAAGCUCAGUUAUCUGCAAAGCACUGGUUGAUCCGGCUGAUCUCACAGAUAGAAUUGUGACGAUUCAGUCCCUUGAUCGUGAGAUUCCUCCAAAGGUUCUUCCUAUUGCUAGGGUCCACGUAGAAUGCAAGUACGUACAUGGCACCAUUGACGCCGCCGUCAUGGACACGCCAGUGUACGACUUCAUUCUGGGCUCCAAAUAUGUCCCUCUUGGAGUAGUCAACAAACCUUACUUUUCUCUGCCCGUGACUACAUAA